GGGCGGAGAUUCAGGACCCCGUGAAGCCGCUGGUGUUUUUGGUCAAAUAUUAGCUGGUUACAAAACCAGCAGGCGGACAGAGAGACGAUAUAUAACCAGACCGGGAGGACGGGCAGCAGUUUGUGGUGAACAGUGAAAGAAGAGACCAUGGACAGGACGGUCAGCCUUCCCAGUCAGCCCGACAAACCCACCACAGUGACUCUGGUUGAGACCAGCAGCGCCCCCAGCGGGCUGGAACUGGUCAGUCCCUACCAGACCACCAGAGUGGGAGACCCCACGGACCUGGUGGCCCUGGCAGCACAAGUACAGAAGGGAGAUGAUUUCAUUAAAGCCAACGCUUGCAACAAACUGACAGUCAUUGCUGACCAGAUCAGAUACCUGCAGGAACAGGCGAGAGAGGUGUUAGAAAAGGCUAAAAGAGAUGCUGACCUCCACCAUGCUGCCUGCAACAUUGUGAAAAAACCAGGCAACAUGUAUUACCUCUACCAGCGGCCAUCUGGACAGAAGUACUUCUCCAUCAUCUCUCCUGAGGAAUGGGGUCCAAGUUGCCCCCACCUAUUUGUCGGUGCAUUCAAACUUCAACACGACAUGUCCUGGACCCCCGUAGACGAGGUGGAGAAGAGGGACUCCGAGAUCGCUAUCAUGAACAAACUUCUCAGCCAGCAGACCGCCUUACCACCGUACACCGGACCCAACUUCCAGGGCCUUCCAGGGGAAUAAAGGACACAUGGUGGACGCCAACUAUAGUCUUAAUGGACAUCAAUUUGAAUGGACAAAAACCCAUACAUGGACUGGAAUUGCUGAUGUCAAAGCAUCCGUCACAGUGUUUUGACGACUGUCACACAGUGACUUAAGUGCAUAAUGCAUCACUACAAGUUUUUGUUGGUAUAUAUGUUGGAUAUAUACGGUCGCAACCUUAGGGAUGCUUUUCUAAAACUGAAAAUAUCAAAUUGGGCUGUUCUGGCAAGCCUGUGCACGGACACUUUCACCAAAUAAAAAAUGAGAAAUGUGUAUUUUUGAUUUUGGGGUGGGCUGUCCCUUUAAAGCUGCCCUGUUCGUUUUCUUGUAAACAGAAGUUAUGCUUAUAUUCAGUGUUUCUCACCAAAACGCAUUUUGUGUAUCUUGGAGGCUCAACAAACAUGAAAAGAGCAUUUUUCUGCAAAGCGUUUUAAAAAAAUAUUUUAAAUUGUUAAUUGUUGACAUCCAUAUUUGCUUGCUGGCAGUCUUCUUCACUGCCUUUAGUUGGCGCGUUACCACCAGCUGCCGCUCAGCGGAGUAGCUUGAAACCAACAGCAGGAUAUUUAGCGUGUGUCUGAUUUUAAAAAACACGGAGCAUGAAUAAAAGCAUUGCUCCACAGCACUACUAGUGGUCAAAAACUUCACAGGGUGCCUUUAAUGUGUCCUACAGCCCACAUGCAGUUUUUGGCUUCUAACUUUGAUUUUGUAGCCUUAUUUUCAUAUAUUUUGUUGGGCCAUCUAUCAGUGAGAUCCUUUGCAACUCAUCAAGUAAAUGAUGUAUUUUGUCUUUUAUUUAUAGACUAGCCAAUAAGAUGUUAAUUUUUUUGACUGUAUUUGGUAAAUAAAUGACAAAAUAUUUAAUUUUACACAUUUGUUUAAUUCCAGGUCAAGAAAAUUAAAGAGCAAUAAUUUUAUUUUAAAUAAACUGUCUGCAGCAAUUAAAUUUUAAGUACAAUAAAGUGCUGACAAAAA